CAUCCACAGAGACAGAUUCCUUAACAUAUAUUUUUUUUUUCUGAUUGUGUACAUCCCCAUUUUAACGAAUAUUGUUUUGAAAUAUGAUCAAAUAAAACCGUUAUUUCAUUACUCGAGCGAAUCUGAUUCAAUCUUAUCACCUUUAGUGUUUCACAAUGUGAGCUAGAAUGAGUUCAAGUAGUGAAUUUAGUGAACCUAGUGAUGAAUCCGAUGAAUCUUCUUCAACAAUGGACUCAUUGAGCGAUAUUGAGGGAAAACCUAUUUUUAAAUUUCAGUCUCCUUUGAGACUUACAAAAAGUGUGGACAUUUCACAAAAAUCUUCUUGGUCUGAUAGCUCUAAUAGUGAUGGCUUUCUCGGUUGUUCCAAGAGGAACAAGAAGAAAAAACUACCUCCAAUUGGCAUAUUUUGGGAUAUUGAAAACUGCCAGGUACCUAAGUUCAAGAGUGCCUCAGCUAUUGUACAAAGAAUUAGAACAUUUUUUCUUCAAAGUUAUCGUGAAGCCGAAUUUAUAGUAGUUUGUGAUGUUAAAAAAGAACACCCUCAGAUUAUUCAGGAAUUACACGAUUCUCAGGUUAAUGUGAUACAUGUAUCAUCGAUCUCUAAAAAUGCUGCUGAUGAGAAAUUAAGACAAUCACUAAGACGUUUUGCAGAAGUUCAUCGACCCCCAUGUGCAGUGGUUUUGAUAUCGGGGGAUGUUAACUUUGCAGCUGAUCUCAGUGACUUGAGGUAUAGGAGAAAAAUACGGGUGAUAUUACUUCAUAAUGCAAAUGCAGCGGAUGCUUUGAUUUUAUGUGCUAAUGAACAUUUCCUUUAUACUGAACUAAUCGAAGAUUUACCAAGGCACAAAAGAGAAAAGGUGCUACCUGACGAAGUGGCCAUUUUAGAGAUAACCAAUUUGCCUUUGAACUAUAAUUUCGGAAAGAUAAAGGCACGUCUCAAAUGUCUUACGGAUAAUUGUGGUGGAAGGGUGGAAGAUAUUCAUCCGGACGGUAGAGCAACCGUCAGAUUUUCGACAUUAGACUUUGCAAUCAGGGCACAAAAACGUAUAAACGGAGAAGAUGUAUACGGAAACAAAAUUCAAGCAUCUGCUCCAUCUAUCAGGAAUUUCCUAGGGAGAAAAACAAAAAACGAUAAUUUAAAUUACACAACAGUACCUGGUUUUUAUCCUGCUAACCAACUGGACAUGUCUCAUAUAAAUACACCAUGGAGGGCAAAUUACCAGCUACCACCACCGGGUUUCACACAACAAGACCAAAAUCAGGCUGCAGCCAGUAUACUCUGGAGACAAUGUGAUCGACAGUUGCCCAGGGAAGGUGGGGAAGGCAACUAUUUCCGUCCUAUUCAAGGAGCACAAAGUAUGUUAAGCAAUCCAGAACCAAACUUCGAUAUGCGUAUAGCUGAUAUCAGAUCUGGCAACUCGGACUUACAGUUGCUCAAUGUUCCUAACCGUAGCCAGAAAAUGAAUACAGAUUCUGAGGUCAGCGAUGAUUCUAGGGCUGCCAACGAUAACUCAAAACCUCACAGUAUAGUUGAUAAGCAACCAGUCGAUUUAAUCAUAUCAAACUUAGAUUCUUCAAUAGGAUUGUCAGAUCUAAGACGUUUAUUGACUAAUAUGCUCAAGGAAUAUGCAAUGAUUUAUAGUUUAAAAAUUGCAACUCAAGCAGAUGGAUCAACUUGUGCAAAUAUCAGGGUAUCUAGUCAACAAGAGGCACAAUUUGCAAUAUCUCAGCUUCACAGACAAAAACUAGGACAGAAAAGAAUCGUCAUAUCAUAUGCUCAGAACAAUGUCUCCGAUCCUGAACAUUUGAAAGCACUCAUCGUCAACAUUUUACAGGAAGCACCAGACAAAUGUAUGGCCCUUUUCAAAUUCAUGGCUUUACUUGAAUCGAGAUACCAUUGCACUCUAUCGGUAUCGGAGGUAAACAAGUUGAAAGAUGUUUGCAAAAUCACAGAGGAGCAAGGCUGUCGUAUAAUCUCUCUUACGCAAGAAGUUAAAGCAUCUCCACCUCCAAAUUUGAACAAGAUUAUUUUAUCGUAUUGUACGGUACACUGUCCCAAUGGGUUACAAUCAGGUGGAUGGUGUGAAAUCAACACAAUUCAAUCUCCGAAUUUGAUGACGUCGCUUAAAUUCUUCACCAAGCAGUUGUAUAGUUUACUGGACACCCAUAUGGGUGCACUGCCUUUUUUGAGCUUUCAAGCUUGUUACGAGCAAACAUUCCAUCUUCCACUUCCUGUCGAUGAAAGUGGUGUGCCUUUAGAACACUUUGUUAUGUGCGUUCCUAACAUAACCAUCAAACAAGUUGGCCCGAACAAGACCAUCAAGAUAAUUAAAAGGGAGAAUAAGAAAGCUUUGAACGAUGAAGAGACAUUCCUGAAGGGCGUUCCUCCUUCUCUUGCUCCUAACAUCUAUUUGUUGUGUCGUGAAGUUGUUGAUUUGCUACGUACUAUGGAUAAAUGUCAACUGCCAUUAGCCAAAUUUAUCCCUGCUUAUCAUCAUCACUUCGGAAGACAAUGUCGAGUGGCCCAUUACGGCCAUACAAAAUUGGUGGAUUUGUUCGAAUCUAUGUCACAUAUUGUGCAGAUAAUAGGAGAUGGCACACGCAGAUUGAUUACCUUAUCACACUCUGCUCAGAUGAGAAGAUUCACAUCUGAUUUACUGAAAGUAUUGAAGGUGCAGCCUUGCAAGCAGAUAACGAUUUUAGAAUUCCCCAUAGCUUACGAGAAAGUUAUCAGCAAGCCCUUCUCACCAAUAGACUACGGAUUGUGCACUUUCGAAGACUUAAUAGGAGAACUGCCUGAGAAUACUAUAGUUAUUAGUCACAAAGACGAUGUAAUCACUAUUGCUGUUCCCAAAAGAGAACAGACGCCUAAAGAAAUCGCAAAAACUAAAGAGUUUUCAGUUGAGGUUGUUGAACUGUUGAGACAUUCUCCGUAUUGUACCAUCAUUUUUCACAAAUUUGUACCUGCCUAUCACCAUCACUUCGGAUAUCAAUGCAAAGUAUCAGAUUAUGGUUUUACGAAAUUAAUUGAAUUAUUCGAAGCCAUACCAGAUGUCGUGAAGAUUAUAGAGUUAUCGGAUGGAGAAAGAGCGGUUUGCUUAACAUUACCCAAAAUGUUGAAGGUGCUUGGUUCACAAUUGUUGUCGAUGAUUAAAAAUUCCAGCCUAUCCAGUAUUUCCCUAGAAGAUCUCUCAGUUCUGUAUCUGAAAGAGUUCGGAUAUCCAUUCAAGCCGGAAGCAUACGAAUGCGAAACAGUCGAGCAGGUUAUAUCCAAUUUACCAGAAUAUGUUCAGCUUCUACAAACUUCAAUAGGCUCCUACAUUAUUCCAGUAGAACAAGAUCCUAUUCAAAUGUACAAAAUUAGGGUAUUGGCUAUACUUUUAGAACCACCCUAUUGUAAAGAAGCUUCUUUCUUCAAGAUUGAAUACCACAACAAAUACAAUAGCCACCUGACAGUUGAAAACUUGAAUGAACUGAAAAAUGUAUUAUCGAUCUCUUAUUCGAAUAAUAAAAACUACAUAUCCUUGACUAGACAAUAUGUCUUGGCCGCUCAGUUAUACCAAGUUUUAUACAAUAAUGGUGGUCAGAUUUUCUACAAUGAUUUAGAAAGAUGUCUUUUCGCUUGUUACGGUAACGAAAUCAAAUUGGAAGACUACAAUAUACAUUCACCAAGUGAUCUGAUGAGAUAUUUCAAUUUCUUAAUUUUUAUAAGAGGUAGUGGACCUAACACUCUCAUCAGUUUCAAUAAAAUACUCACAGAUCAAGUACCUCUUCCUACUCCUUUAAAAGAAGUUAAACCAAUCAGAAGAGAGGAGGAACGUGGCUGUAAAUGGUUACCGAUAGGUCAUAACGCCCCUCAAAGAAAAAUAGCUCCUCCCAAACCUGAUACUCCGCCUUCUCCUGGAACUACUUUGUUUUGGAAUUCUCCCAAUGCCAAUGGGAGCAGUAAAAUUACAGACUUUUCAAUCCGAAUGCCCUUGUUCCAAACUCCAAGAUUACUUGAGAGGGAUAUCAAAGACCUGGUGUCUCCUGCUCAUCAGUUGUAUUCUUCAGAUAAUAAUCCGUGGACUGUUCGAAAUUGUAUUUUUCAAAGUUUUUCCGCUCCAGAUGCCACCGAGCUACCUUUACCUGAUAAACUUAUAUCCAGAGGAGUUAUAUCUGAUGACUCAAACGACUCUGGCGUUAACACGAAAUUGGACAUUUCUCCAAGCGACAUGGAUAAUAUGGGUUCGUCUCUUACGAAAAAUCUUGAUGGGAAAUUCUGGGAGCUAGGUUCACACUGUCAGUGAAAUCGAAAUAAACCGGAGGUGAAAAGAAUUAGCUUUAGAAUAUUACAAUUCUUCCAGUUGAUGGAAGGAACGAAUGUCAAAGGAGACUGCCUCGAGAAAAUAAAGAGAGUUUGGCAGCGAAACGUAAUUUCCUACGCUGAUGGUUUCUAUGCGAAGGUGAGCAUAAACUGAUAUUCUCACCGGUAGGAAUUUCGGCGAAUUAUGUGAUUUUUAAAGAGGUUUAAACUGUGCCUGCCCUGUACAAUUUCACUUUUCCGAGAUGAAUUUAAAUCGUCUUUCAUAUUUUUAGGCGGAAAGCCACUAUGUGUGCUUUAAUUUACGGUUUCAACUAGACCAAACUCCAAAACUAGUCUUAGUGUGAUUUUUGUUAUUAUUUUACUGUGUGAUUUUACUCCCUUGUAAUCCAGUGAAUUGCAUUUUAUUUGAAGAUCAUUUUGAAACGACAAAUUUUCGUGUGAACUUCAUUUGAUGAAUGAAUUUUGUUGAGCAGGAGAUGAAGUGAGAGAGAACUCUUUCUGUGAAUAUCUUCAUACAAGCCUUUUUAUUAUUCAAGACCUUAACUUAAUUUAUAACGAGGGGCCUAGAUCUAAGGAGAAAUGAUAUAAUUUCAAGACUCAAAACGGUUGAAUCUAAAAAUUUACAUUACUCUUCUAAGAUCGUUCAGGAAAACUCAAACGUUUCUUGUUUUCAAAAACUUUAAGAGAAUUGUUAUUAAUCUUGCCUUUUCAUCAAUACAUAUUUUUUUGUGCUGAUACAAAAGUCCUAAUCGUGAAGUUGUUCAGAGAAAAAGAUUAUAAAUUGGAGGGAUAAAUUUUACAUAAAAUAUUCUUAUUCCUCCUCAUUUUUUUUUGGCUCAGUCCUUCUCAACUAUCUUCAUUCUAACUGUUAUUCUUGCUACAAAUUUAUUGAUUGUAGCUUAUUAUUGUUUACUGUCCAACAUGAAAUAAAAUGAAGAUAACAAUUAUAUACAUAAUGUUAACUGAAUAUUUAUGUAAAUAUGUUAAGAAUUGCCUAAUGUUGACAUUGAAAUCUGAAUUAAAUCUGUGUGCAAUACUGAAAAAACCUCAAAUAUUGCAAUAGUUAUUAUAAACCCUUGUUCCAAAAUGAUCUUGUGUAAAGACUAUUUAUUUGUAAAAUCUGAAGCAUUCCUACUUUGUUAAAUGUAAUUUGUGAUGAGUAUUGUUAUUGUUCUUAAUUUUUUUGCUCUAUUAUGUGUUCUUUAUGUUCCUCGUCGGUGGCAAUGAAAAAUAAGUACUAUAUGUUCCAAAUGUCAACUAUCGUAAGAUCAGGUUAGUCUUAAUCAUUUCAGCAUUUUUAUAAAUUCAUUUUCCUAAAUAAUUUUUUUAUGAGAAAUGUGACAAUUAAUUUAUCAAGUAGUAUAUAGGAAUAGAAGAAAUUUUUAUCUGUAAUUAAUAUUUUUUAACAAAAACAGUACCCAAUAAUUUUUGUAAAAUGUUAUUAAAUGCAUUUUUCUACUUUCAA